UUAAAUACACACACAACUUCAAGUCAAUGCACCACCACACGUCUGUACCUUACAUGUGUCUAUAACCAAAAAAAUGAAACCUUUAAUGUUAACCAUUCUACUCAUGGUUCAGCCAUCUGUAUUUGGACAAAGUGGAUCAGGAGAUGAUGAGACCAUGGAUGAGGCAAUUGAACCGAUGGAGUGUUUGUCCCACCUGAGUCUGCAGGUGGAACAGUCCCUGGUGUGUAAUUUAAGGGGUGAUUUCAACGGAGACAUAAGUUACAACAUUACAGUGCAAGUAUGCGGUGAAUAUGUUAAUUUUAAAGGCUGCAUGAACAUGACAAUGGAUGACCAUGACAGAUACGUACUAAACACAAAAGAAUUUUUAGCUGUCGAGAAAUAUGAAAUUCACACCUUCACCACCUCAAACCGAUACAUCUCUCAAGUAAUAGACUUGAGACUUAUUAUUAAACCAAUGGCACCUUACAAUGUGAAUGCUUCCUACUCAGAAAAACACCAUGCGGCUUACAUAACAUUUGACACGCCAUAUUCUGCAUUACCGUCAAAAGAUUACUUGACAGAAAAACUUGUCCAUUCUGUUGCUUUCAGAAUUCAGAGCAAUGGACAAUGGGAGUAUCAAAACAUAACAUACCAGCCCCUCAAGAUUGAAGGGAAGUAUCUAAAACCUGACUUCAUUUAUGAAGUUAAGUGUCGCUCUAUCCCUAAUGGGGACUAUUUUAAAGGCUAUUGGAGUGACUGGAGCAAUGUGGCAACUUUUAAAACUCCUGCAGUACAUAAAAAUCCUGAUAAAUCUGUAUUACUUUAUACACUCAGCCCUGCCAUCUUAAUUCUGCUGCUCAUCAUCUUUGCAAUUGCUUUUAUGCACUGGAAGGAAAAUAUAGUAUCGUGUCUUUGGCCAAGUAUUCCAAACCCCAAAAAUACUUUGGAGCAAAUGUACAAGAAGCAAGGUCGGGGUCAUAAUGCAAGCUUCAACCCGGAGACAUUCGGAGACCGCAAUAUUCACAUGGUUAACGGAAUGGAAGAAAAGGUUAUCGGUGAAUGCCUGCUUUUCCCUUCUCCUGCUGACCCUCCGGACACACAAGAGAGGAAUCAGGCGAGUUUGCAUCUGAAAAACGAAUUGUCAAAUGUGGUGGUGUCCCAGGCCCAGGACCAAUGGCUCCUGAGUGAAAGAUGCAAUGAAGAUGGCGCUGACCCUCAGGCUACCUCAGAUAUAGAAGGCUGCUCUCCUGGGAUUACAACCUCAGGAAGUAACCCCUCAAACAAUGAGCCUGCAUGUGACAGUGUGUGUGCUUUAAACCCUCAGGUGGGUUUUCAAGUGGGUCAGGCAACUGGACGAGAUGAGGCAUAUGUCACAAUGUCCAAUUUUUAUAAAACACAAUGAAUUGUACCCACAUGUAACAUUUACUAAUGCAUCCACACAUAGGCAUCUCCCAAGACUCAAAUCAAGGAACUCUUUUUGGAGUAAUUUUCAUAUUAUGGGCUAUUUUUUUAUUAAUCUAUCUACAGUAAUUCAAUUAAAUUAAGUUUCUUUGUGGUGUAAAUUAGCACAGUACAUCAAGUAGCAGUAUAAAAUUGACCAUGGUUGUUGGCUAUGGCUUACACUAACUGCAAAAGCAUGUUUUUAAUAUUGUAAACCAAAGCAUUAUAUAGUCACAAUCCAUUGCUGGUCAGUCAAAGGAUUAAGUGAUGUGUGUUUAACUUUUUGCAAUUUUAGCUAAUUACAUAUAGUAAAUGUAAGUUUUUUUUUUGUUUUUUUUUUACUGUCUAAAUGUGUCUUAAUAGUAAAAUGAUUAGUAAUAGCAAGUGAAAUAUUAUUUUAACAUGAUUCAUUCAAAGUGCAUUGGCUGCUAAUGGUCUUACAGAGUUAAAAUCUUUCUGCUUUUUUAUUUUGCACUAAAAGUUUUAUGAAUUAAGAACAAGAUUCUCAAACAAUCCUGCAGUAUACCUCAGAAUCUCCAUGGGUUUAAUAAACUAGCAUAAUAAUCUCAA